AUAUCCCGAAAUCACUUUAGGAGCGACUCGCACGUACUAUAUUACGUAGCUUUAUACGAGAAAGAGGGUAAUACUAUCUACUACCUUAAGCUAGCGCCUACUACGCUAGAGAAAUACGGUUAUAUAAUAAUCGUUUAUAGGAUAGCGAAUAGUACCUUUAAAGGGCUUACUACUAUAACCGAGGUUCUUAUUGUAAAGCUACUAAAGAGAAGAGAGUUAUAG